AAGUUCAAUUUGAUAAAGAUUUGGAAAUUCAAACUGAACAUCAUGCAUAUUUGUCUUGUUGACAUAUUUACAAAAAUCUAAUCAAUAAGUAGGUAUUCACAAUAACUUACAAGGUUGGGCAUCAAAAUAAAGAAGGCUUGUUAUUUACUGGAGUAUACAUAUAAUCAAGUACCAUGACGGCGAAAGAUGGCAACCAUUUUGACGUUAUCGUUCUUGGGGCGGGUAUAUCCGGUUUGGCGACCUUGAAAUGCCUUCUCGAGGCUGGUCUCACAGCGGCCGUCAUUGAACGGACGGACGGGGUGGGCGGACUCUGGAAGUUCCGAGAAAACGACUACGGUGUGAUGAGAUUUACGCACAUAAAUGUGUCCAAGUACAACUAUUGUUUCUCGGAUUUUCCGUUCCCAGAGGAAGCCCCGGACUAUCCACACAACCAAGACAUGGCGGCCUACAUUGAGGAAUACGUGGAACAUUUCAAGUUGGGAGAACAUAUCAAGUUUCUUAGAAAAGUUAUCAGCGUAGAAAGAACAGCGGACAUCUGGCAGGUGAAGGUCAAGCAAGUGGACCAGGACGGACUGACUCUGCUGGACUCACUCGACUCUGAAACCUUCACGGCCAAGUCGGUGGCUAUAGCGACUGGUCACCACGCUAAACCAAGCUAUGCAAAGUUUCUCGGACAGGAUUCGUUUAAAGGGGAGAUAAUCCACAGUGUCUCUUUUAACGACGCGAUAUCAAACGGUAUGACGGGCAAGCGGGUACUGAUAGUCGGCAUAGGGAACAGCGCAGUGGAUGUGGCCGUCAAUUGUGUCACUGCUGGCAGGUGCAAGUCUGUGCACAUCAGCACGCGGUCAGGCGCUUGGAUUGUUCCCAACUACAUCUUCGGUUUUCCCACUGACCUGUACGCAUGCAGGAUGUUCUUUAAGCUGCCAUUCAGUCUUGCUAACGUCGUGUUUGAGACCAUCGUCAAGUUCAUCAGUGGCAACCCGAGAAGAUGGAACUUGAACCCCAAGAUGCGAGGGCUGCAGUCACAGCCGACAGUGAGUCCCACACUGAUCCACCACAUUCAACGACACGACAUCAAGAUUGUACCAAACAUUCAGAGGAUUGAAGGCAGUCGCGUGCACUUUGUUGGUGGAGAGAAUGCGGAGUUUGACCAUAUCAUUUUGUGCACGGGCUACAAGAUUGACCUUUCCUACCUGGAGGAGCACGUGAGAGGACAGGUGCUAGAUGAGGAACACAAUGACGUCAAGCUUUUCAAGAACGUGUUCAGUCCGGAUGUGGGCGGCUCUUUGGCGUUCAUUGGCUUCGUGCAACCAGCUUCUGGUGGAGUGCUUACCAUGUCGGAGACCCAGGCGCGGUGGUUUGCAGAGAUCUGUAAGGGGCGUGUGAAACUCCCGAACAAGCCGGACAUGGAGGCCUCCAUAGCUGAGGAAAAGCGCAUCGGCAGGGACAAGUACUACCAGUCUGCCCGCCACACGAUACAGAGGGACCCGAUAGUGUACAACGACGAAAUAGCCAGCUACAUUGGUGCCAAACCCAGUCUACUGUCACAUCCGGCCCUCGCAUGGAGAUUACUGUUGGGAUCGUGCGGGGCUUACCAAUGGCGUCUCCAGGGGCCAAAUGCAUGGCCCGGGGCUACAGACGCUGUUAGGAGAGUCCCCCUCACGGACUUGAUGCACUACUCAGGGAUCUUUGUGGUUUUCUUGGCAGCCAUCUUUGUCUACUACUUGUACACUGUCAUAGUCCGAAUUUUCUAGAUGUGUAUUGGGUUUGAGAGAAGGUGCGGUACAUUUUACAACUGACCUUGUUACAUAUAAUAUUGUAAAUUAUUAUAUCGUGCUAUGAUUAAGUGAUCUUGUAGGAUGUCAUAAUGUAUUAUACUAUACAUUAAUAAUGUCAGUGAUACAGCUUGGAUUUGAAAAGGUUAGGGUGUUCUUUUGUCAAAAUGGCACUCUAGCGCUCAUAGUUAUAUUAUCUAUGUGCCAUAUUUCAACAUAUCAUGUUAUUUAUUUUAUACUCGAUGUUUGUUUUUAUUUAACACAUCGUUUCUAUAAUACAAUAAACUAGUUGUAUUAGUUUUAAAUUAUUUAUUGAAACCGCUAAAAAAUGUGAUGAACAAUAAAGGUUUAGACCAACCAAGGGCAUAGCGGAGAUCCGGCGGGGCAGAGAGUGCUGUGCUCUCCCAAUUUAACCUUACUGGAUGACUCAAUGUUUAUAUAUUAUUAUAUGGGAACAGUUCAAUAGGAACAAAAUUGUGUUUUACCACAGUAUUCUGUGUUCGAUGUUAUAUUGGGUUCAUACAUGCAUUUCUUGAAACUACUUUCUAAUGUUCGGUCUUAGUUUUUAGUAUAGUACUGUUGAAUAUUGAUAACAUUUUAAUAAAGUCCACAAUGACUCUA